AUGAAUGGGAAUAAUGAAAAUAACAGCGAUCUGAAAGAACACAAGAAAGAAAACACUGCAGAGUGCUCUUUAAAUGAUGAAACCAUAAUACCCAUUUGUAUAAAAAAUAUUUUACAGUGUACAAUUCGGGGGGAGGCUGACAAUGAACAUUUCUUAAAGCGAAAAAAUGAAGAAUUAAACAGUUAUAUAGAAAAGAAUAUUCCAGGGGGGGCUUCCCCCGAGGAGGAGGACGACUGGAAUAAAUCUGACGAUGGCUUGGAGUUCAUAAAUGUUAGCGGUAAUAAUGCAAGCGAAAACAUCAACGGGAAUAAUUAUCGUGAAGCCUUUUUAAACAGCCCGCAUGAACAGCGAAAUUUGGAGAUGUGUGCAGACGGCCUGGGCAAAGUUCCCGACGAGGCUGACAACAGGGAAAGCAAUGAUAAGAAGAGGCAUAAAAGAAAAAGACGCUAUAUUGACAUCGAUAAAAUUAAUUUUGAUUUCGAAAAGGAGGAUUUUGCUAGCAGUUCCAAUGAGGAGUUGGUAAGACGCAAUUCUGUCCAUGCGGAGGAAUACGCUAACGGGUAUGGCAACGGGUAUACCAAUGGAUAUGCCAAUGAAUACACGAAUGAGUUGCCAUACCAAAAGGACAUUAACAUGAACAGUGAAGUAAUUAAAAGCCUCCUGGAGCCGCCGCCAAUCCCUCUUAAUGAUACCUUCCAGAAAUACAAUAAAGAAAUAAGUGAUGUGUACGUGAAACAUAAAAAAAAAAGAAGCGGUUCCUUAAACAUUUUCCUAGAGUCGCAACUUCUGUGCAUAGAUGAAGGUGCAUUUGAAAAAGAAAAUAACUUUAUAAAUAACCAUUUUGAUAAUUUCAUUAUGAGAAAAUUAAAUGUUGUAAAUCCCAACAAUGAGCAAGACUCUACCAAACAAAAUAAAGAAUUGCAAGAGCUCCUCAAAUAUCUUAUGUCUUGGUAUUACUCUGGGUUCUAUUCCGGCAGAAUAAGCAUGUUGAAACAGUUACAUGGUGAGUAA